AUGUCGAACAAUCUGAUCGCCGUUGUCCCCGUCCUCGACGGCUCGAACUGGUCGCUCUGGUCCCAGCAGAUGAAGGUGUACCUCAUGUCCCAAGGCCUUUGGGGACACUGUGACGGUACAAUUAUUAUGCCUGAUCCUGUCGUAACCACCUACAAGGACGGCAGCACCAGUGAAGAUACCUCUGCACGAGACGCCUGGAGACUGAAUGAUACCAAGACCAUCGGUACAAUUCGUCUUCGAUGCUCCCCUGCCGUUGCCACCCUUAUUCAAGACAAGACAACGGCUAUAGAAACCUGGAAGGAGCUCAGUUUCACGUAUGGUAUCUCAUCUCUUGCCUCCAUCUAUAACGAACUGCGUGGGGCAUUAACUACCAGGAUCCCGGCCGACCAACAUCCCGCUCCCGCCUUUGCCAAGAUCACCAAGCAUUUUAACGCUUUGGCUUCUGAGAACCAGACCAUCCCUAACUGUCUCCAGGGAUUGAUCUGUCUGAAUGCGCUCCCUCCUCGGUAUGACUCUCUAGGUGCGCACAAGAUCUCGGCGGUGAAGCGUAAGCCGGGUGAUCCCUCCUUUUCUUCGCAGCAGCAGCAGCGCCCUCAGGGCAGCAGCAGCAAUGCGCGAGAUGGAAAAAAGCGCCCUUAUCGCGGCAAGCGUGCAGGCAAGAAGCGUCAAGGGCAAAACCAUGAUCACCACCAUGCCCACGACGUC